AUGCUGUGUUUGCUUGACAAUGCUCAACCUCCACCACCAAACAACAUAGAUCCAACUUUUACGCUACUCACCAAUGAACUAUUUGAUAAACUUGAUGCGGUCAACCGUCACAAUUUACAAGAAGCCUCAACCAUAACUGAGCGCAGGGCACAAAUCAUUAACGAUUUCAUUGCAACUUUUCGAACUCACAUUGGUAAUGAUAUUCUUCAAUCGGCUAAGCUAAUAUUCCCGGAAAAGGCUGGUAGACUUUACUUUAUUAAAGAAGUGGCAUUGGCGAGACUUAUAAUCAAAAUGUACAAGAUCCCCAAAGACACUGAGGAAUACAAUUUACUUCAUUAUUGGAAUCGACAAUAUCAAAAAUCGAAAAGGUUUGCAAGUGAUGAGCGAAAAAUUAGAGAUUUGCCAUUACAAGCAGCAAGAAUAAUUGCUACGCGACGAUCAUAUAUUGAACGUUGUAAAGAAUGUACCGUGCCACAAAUUAAUACCUUAUUAGAUGACUUGACAUUGGCUAAGAAACCACAAGAACACUUGGAUCUUUUGCAGCCAUUGUUUGACAGCCUGAGAAUUGAGGAGAUUCGAUGGUUGAUUCAAAUUAUACUAAAAAAACCUAUUUUGGUUCAUAUGGAAAAGUAUUUUUUCAAUAGUUGGCAUCCGGAUGGGUAUAGGUUAUUCAGUAUCUGUAAUAGUUUGGAGACAACUUUUAAUUUAUUGAGUGACCCCAACAAAAGGUUUGAAACGAAAGAUUUGGGUAUCCACCCAAGGUUCAAGUUUAAGCCCCAAUUGGCAGAGAAGUUGUCAUCAAAUUAUGAUAUUGUUGUUCGUAAGUUGCAAAAGAAGCAACCAAUGGAACCGCAAUAUGAAGCAAAAUUUAAGCAAUUGCAAUUGGAAAACAAGUUUUAUAUUGAAGAAAAAAUGGAUGGAGAUCGAAUGUUGUUGCAUAAGGAAGGUGGUCGGUUUAAAUUUUUCUCAAGACGAUUAAAAGAUUAUUCAUUUCUCUAUGGCGAGUCAUUACAAUUUGGGUCGUUGACUAAAUACCUUCGAGACGCAUUUGCCAAUAACAUUGAUUCAAUAAUUCUUGAUGGGGAAAUGGUGGCUUUUGACUAUAAGCGACAAGCAAUUUUACCCUUUGGCACCUUGAAGUCGCUGGCGAUUCAAGAAAGUGUACGACAAUUUACUACGAUAGACCAUUAUGAACAACAAACCAGCUACCCUUACUACUUGAUUUUUGAUAUCUUGUACCUAAAUGGCCGCGAUUUGAGCAAUUACCCGUUAUUCUUUCGAAAAAAUCUAUUGGAUCGAAUAAUUAAACCAGUACCAUAUAGAUUUGAAGUUCACGAUGCAAGGCUAGGCUCAAGUGUUGCCGAUAUUGAGAAAGCCAUACGUGAAGUUGUUACCAGUCGAAGUGAAGGUUUAGUUUUGAAACACGUACAGCUGAGAUAUGUCAUUGAUGGGUUUCGAAACCCCAAUUGGAUUAAAUUGAAGCCGGAAUAUUUGGAAAAAUUUGGUGAAAAUUUGGAUUUGGUUGUUAUUGGGAAAAACCCCGGAGUCAAGAACUCAUAUAUGAUGGGGUUGAAGAAUAAAAAAGAUGGUAGUGAAGAUUAUGGUGCUUAUUAUAGCUUUUGCAUGUGUGCCAAUGGAUUUGAAGUUGAGGAAUUUGACAAGAUUGAACGAUUAACUCAUGGCCACUGGAUCAAUACUGCACAACAAAUGCCACCUGAACAGUUGAUAAAAUUUGGUCGCAAAAAACCCGAUUUUUGGAUUGAUCCUAAAUACUCACUUGUGUUGGAAAUUCGAGCUCGAUCAAUUGAUGUACGACCUGAAGCCACGUUUGCUGUGGGGACUACUUUACAUAAUAUGCAUUGUCGUCGUAUACGUGAAGAUAAAUCAAUUGAUGAAUGUAUCUCGAUGCAAGAGUAUAUUGAAAUGAAACGGGAUUAUAUGCAAGAUUUGAACUUGAAAUCGCAGACCACCACCACCAAAAAGAAGGAAUUAAUAAAGUUGACUUCGUAUAAUGAACCGCUGGAUUUGAAACAAGUUGAAAUUGAACUGGAUUUAUUCGCCAGUUUUGAGUUUUUAAUCUUGAGCGACAAGAAAGACAAUGGAGGCGAGCACGUAACUAUUGAAGAAUUGAAAACAUUGGUUAAACGAUACGGUGGUCAUUUGGUCAAUUCAAUAGAUGCUUCAACACAUUUACAAGUUAUUAUCAUUACCGAAAAGAAUUUACCUACGAGUCAACGGUAUUUGGCACAAGGGUUGGACUUGAUCAAGCCAGCAUGGAUAUUUGAAUGCCAUAAAAGAAACCACAUUGUGCAAUUGGAACCUUGUUUUAUAUUUGAUUCACAGAAUUGGGACAUGUAUGAUCAACGAGUUGAUGAAUAUGGCGAUUCGUAUACGGUUCAUUUACCACUUGCUCGAAUCAAUGCCCCCAGCUUAUCUCGUGAUCAAGUGGACCAAUUGCGGCAGCAAUUUGAAUGGGAUGAACUUGCUCGACCCAAAUUGUACCUUUUCGAAGGCAUAACGUUCCAUGUAAUUGGAACAUCAUUGGCUUGUCAAUUGGUUAAAGAUCGUAUUGAACGUUUUAGUGGUGAAGUGGUUGACGAUUUUGUCAAUUGUGGAUAUAUAGUGGUUCCCAGUUUUGAAGAAGAAGAGUUUCGACAAGAGACUAUUGCAACAUUGAAACGGAUAUACGAGACGAUUAAUCAAAACUUGCAAAUCAGUGAAGAAGGAAAGUUUGCAAAUAAGAUUCCCUUUACCGUGAUUGAAAAGUUUAUUCAUGAUUGUAUCAAAUUCAACAGUGUUGUUGAUCCCGAAGAUUACAAAUUUUAUUAA